AUGGGCUGCUUCCAUAGCAAGGCAGCGCAGCCAGCGCAGCCAGAUGCCAAGGACUUGCCACGAUUGUUGGAUAGCCUGGCUGAGAAGCACGGUGCCAGCAAAGGAGGAAACACCGUUCAAGAUGCUGCGGCCAGCAGUGCUUGGCGGCCAGCCACUAGCCAAGAAGUUGAAAGCCGCCCAGAGCCGAGAUCUUCCCAGUCUGCCACCUGGACGCAGGAGCAGAGACAGCCCACAGUGGAGGUGGAAGAUACUGGGGUGACGAGCUCCUCGUGGUUCUGCUGCAUGGCGCAAAGGGCCUGGGAAUCGGAGCUGCUGCAGGUGGCCUCCGACUUGAAAUGCAAGCUAAGCGACCCGCACUUUGUGGCCAUGCGCUGCGAUCUGGACAGCUCGGGCGAUUCGGAUGCCCACGAGUUGAAGCAGGCGGCCAGGGUUUUUGGCAUGCGACCGUCCGAAGAAGAACUGCAAGAUCUCAUGGCAGGGCAUCAGCGAAUCACCAAGGAGCACUUUGCGAAGAUCAUCCUUGACUUCCAGCAACGACCGGAAUCAGCACAUUCACAGCGAGUGGUCCCGCACUCCUUGCGGGGCAUGGCCCUUGGCCAGCUGCAACAUUUGGAGGAAGUGUUCGUGAAAUCCGGUUGGUUGGCCAUGAAGUGCGACUCCUUCAAUGAAGAGCACGCAGAAGCAAUUUUGGCCAAGAAGAAGUUCAGACAAGCGCCGAAUUUAUACGCAUUAGACUCGUUUGUGGUGACCCCGAUGUCAGAGCCUGGAUGGUGUGCAACUUGCAAGCAGGACUCGAAGCAAACCAUACCUUGGGCAAACUUGAAGUCUUCAUUCUCUGAGCUGCUGAACCCUCAUGGCCUCUUGGUGCAUGUCUUCGUUUCACACUUCUGGGGCCACCUCUACAGCAGCACUGUUAUGGCGCUCAAUCUGUGGGCCUUGAAGCAUUUCAGCAACUAUGCUCGGCAUCCGUCUUUUGGAUUUGUCUCUCGCGGUGCAGGUUGA